AUGAGAGCUAUGGACAGUGAUUUACAAGGAUCGGACCUUGCCCCGGUUGUUUCUAGUAGCUCUUCAAAUCAUUACUACAAUUCAAACAAUAUUAAGUUGAAAAAUUUUCAAUCAAUUGGAACUAAAAGAAUCAGAAAGAAGCUAUCUACUUCCUGGAAGAAUAUUGUCCAUGAUAUUGAAAACCCGUUUUGGUUACAGAACUUGGCGCCGAAUCAAGAUUAUUCUUAUAACCCAUACAGAGAUAGAGAGUAUUGUUUUCUGGAUACAAAUCCCGCUCGUGCUGAAUGCUACACCGAUCAAAAUAAUGAACACAUAUUUGCCAACAAGAUAGACGAAGAGGCUUAUUAUCUCUUUCAUGAUGACCCUCCUACUAAAAGAAUUCCACUUCAAAGCUUAGACAAUCAGUCCAACAAUUCUAAUCCAAUUUUUAACGUUUAUGAAGAUCCAGACAAGUAUGAACAAUGGAGUCGAUAUAGGACUACUACUGCGAAUUCGGAAAAGGAAGACUUUCUUCAUAAUUAUUACAAGCAGCCAGACCUUCUGAGCUCAAGCUAUGACUAUAGAAGAAAAUCCAUGUAUUCAUGUGACGAAGAUGAAGAUGUGACCAACUUCAAACUGUUCAAAAUACAUAAUGUUGCUGGAAUUUUCAGCGAUAGUGACAUAUCUGAUUUUUCAAUUCUACAAGCUACCCAACAUGCAGAAGCAUAUUCCCGAGCUAAACCGGCAACCAAAGACGAUACGAAUGAUACAGACAAAACCACGCUCUUUGAUGUUGAGAACGUUUCGUUCGAGCUGAGUCUUUCUCUCAAUUUUGAAUUUGAUAAAGACCAUAUUCCAAUGAGCACGAUAUCGAUGAAAUGA